AUGAAACAAAUAAACCUAUCAAGAAUUUCACACAGGGAAGACAUCAGAAUGAAUGACGACUUCGGGCGUCAGGAGAUUCGGUCCAGCGGGGAGCUGUGGUCCGAAAUCUGCUCCAGUCUUCCGGAGGUGCAAGCUGAGUCAGCUCCAGAGACCAACACUGAAUUCAAAGACUCAUUCCAGCCAGCAUCACAAGUCGGACUGCAGCUUAAUGGACAGGCAAACGGGGCAAAUACCAGUAUUCCAAGUGCCAAAUGGGAACCCAUGGAGGAUUCGGAGAUCUACAUAGCUAGUUUAGAGAACCGCCUGAAGAAGUUAAAGGGCCAGUCCAGUGAUGUGACAUCCAGGGACAUGCUGCGCUCCUUGUCUCAAGCUAAGAAGGAAUGCUGGGAUAGAUUCCUGCAUGAUGCUCAGACAUCGGAGCUCUUCCAAGACAGUGACAUGGAUGAGAGUGCUCUCGAACACUUCAAGAGGUGGCUGAUUCCUGAGAAGGUGGCCAUCAGUGCAGAGGAGCUGGAAUAUCUCCUGAGGCCGUCUCAGAAUAAGGAGCCAGUAGAUUCAAAGCAAACAGAAAAGGAAGGGGACACAGAUGGACAGAGACAUAACCCUGAGGACAUGCACAGCCCAGAGAAAUGAGUGUGCUAUAAUAGUAAAACUGAAUGAAGACCUAAUUUGAAGGAUAUUCAGUGAGCGUGACUUAUUACCCUUGUGCUCAUUUUGAGCUGCAUUAUGUCGUAGUGCUGUUUUGACCAAAGCUUUUGUUAUCAGCAGUCAAAGAACCAAUUAUAACUUGUCAUCAUCCUCUGUAUCCUCAGCAACUGAGUGUUAAGUACUUAUUCAGUCACAAGAUUUGUCCUUGCUAUUCAUCCCUUUAACCAUAUAACAUCAUGAAAAUAUAAUAAUCUUAAUUGGAAUUUUUUUUGUCCUCUAGCAACAGAAUUGGCAUAUUGACUCCUGCUAUAUCUGUAAAAAGAAUGGCUGUACCUUAAAUGCAUAUACAAAAGUUAAUGAAGGACUACAUGCAGUGUCAUCACGUAAGCAUUAUCUUGUAAAGAUUAUUAUUUUUUCCGUGUCUAAAAAAAUUGUGGCAUCCAAUUUUGGGAUACUCUGCUAUAUUGCUGGAUAUAUUGUAAUAUAUUGUGUAACAUCUUUAUUUUUUGCCAUGUUGUUUUUUUCACAUGAAGUUUUACCCAUGUUUUAAUAA